GACACCGCAGAGGCGGUUUUACCAGCGUUCCUCGACCCUCUCCUGGACUAUCUCUACGAGGCUCUCCCGCCGUCCAUCUACAAUGCAGUACUGCAGAUCCUUGCAUAUGCAUUCUCUUUCUUCGCAUCCAUGUAUACUGUGAUCAAGGAUCUCGCAACAUCUCCUCCAUCGGAAUGGGAUGCCCAUGUGCUCUUGCCACCGCUCGUCACGCUGCUCGCCGCAUACCUCGCACUGCUCAGCAUCUACCGCACCACGGGAUGGAUGUUCCGCACGACGUUUUGGUUCGUGAAAUGGGGAGUGGUUAUCUCCCUGCUUGCAGCGGGAUCGGGGUGGAUGCUGGGGAAUGCGUAUGCGAACGGCGACAUCGAUAUCGCAGGUCUAUUUGCGGGCACGGGCGUCUUGCCAGCGCUUGGCGGGAUUAUCAUGCAUAUGCUCAGCGGGGAAGGGGAGGGAGAUGGAUCAAAGUCGAGCAGCAGCGCCACCAAAUCCUCGCGCUCGCGGCCACGAAAGGAAAGGGGACAGCGGCCAAAGGCAUGGGAGUCCUGGGACAAGCAACACGAAUGGCAGUACAGCGAGGACGCCGCUGCCCAGGAAGGAGGCGAUGAAAACUCAGCAAGCGUGCAAAGCGUAAUCGGAAAAAUUAUUGGGACGGUUGAACGGAAUGUCAAGGAGGGGGACUGGUGGGAGGCAGGGAAGCAUGCGGCGGACGACUCCGACGAGCGCACGGAAGGAGAAGGAAAAGGCGCGGACGAUGACGAUGGUUCAAGUACCUCGAGGAGAAGGCGGUCGAAA